AUGUCUCGCGGCGGUACUACUCUUUACGUUACCGGUUUCGGACCCGGCACUCGAGCUCGCGACCUUGCCUACGAAUUCGAACGCUAUGGUCGUCUUGUCCGUUGCGACAUCCCCGCCCCCCGUACUUCACAGAGCCGCCUUAGGUUCGCUUUCGUCGAGUAUGAGAGCCGUCGUGAUGCCGACGAUGCGUACCAUGAGAUGCAUAAUAAGCGUCUCCAACGUGAUGACAUCCUGAAGAUUGAGUGGGCGCGUACUCCUCCAUCUGCUUCAUGGCGUUUCGACCAAGGCAGCGAGCGUGAACGUGCUCCUCGUGGACCUCCUGGCGGACGCGACGGUGGACGCCGAUCUCCUCGCCGCGGUGGUCGCUCCCCAUCUCCCCGUCGUAGCCGCGGUGGUGACUACUCUCCUCGCAAGGACGAUCGCAGAGAUCGAGAAUACGAGCGCCGUGACCGUGACCGCUCUCGUAGUCCAGACGCAGACCGGGACCGUGAGGUGAAGGAAGAGCGUGAGGAGGCAGGUCGCGAAAACGGCACCAAUGGUGAAGAUAGGAAAGGUUUUGGGCCCUUACAUACCUUUAUGCUUCUCCCGACGGCAGACCGAAAAGUUCCUUUUUUUUCCCAUCGGUUCCUUUGUUUCUUGCGAGGCAGAUUACUUCACUUUUGUGUUUCUAGAUUUCUUGCCAACGCGUUGGCCGGCGAUUCGGAUCUAUCGAGCGAGCACUACAGCGGCGGUAUCCUUCAAAUCCCGAAUUUCUCGACCGGCGGCGGUAGUAAUAGGUUAGCAUAG